AUGAGCGGUUCUAAAGAAGGCGUACUGAGAGGACCAGGUCCUCUCGAAUCAACCGCCCUCCAUCUCCACUCCCUCGGGUUCUACACCGCCGUAUGCUCCGUCGCGAGAUUCACUCGUCCAGGCUGGGCAUCGGAGUACACGAUGGAGAUCCCCGAAUACGAAUUACUAUACAUGGCGCUGCACCUCGUCAUAGCCCAACAUCCACCGCUCGCCGUAACCAUUAUGAACGAAUCACCAACAUCAUCAGCUCGCUUCGUACGGCUCCCGUCUAUCGACCUCGAAGACAUGGUGUCGUACCGGCCCUAUCCGAGAGGCUCCGACGACGAGGUCGUCCGCCAGCGCGUCUUGAACGAUGUCAUCGAGCGACGACUCUCGUCUCGAUUUGCCGACCUUGUAAAACUACCUCCUUGGCGUGUGGUAUCUCUGCAUCCUAGCUAUGAUGCACGAGAAUACCGACAGAAGGAAAACUAUAUGGACAUCGCGCUUUUUAUACAUCCUGCUAUAGCGGAUGGAAUCAGCGCCGUCGUGUUCAUGGGAGCUCUUCUUGCUGCACUCAACUCAGCUUCGAAGCUGACGCGUUUCGAUUACCCCGGCAAGAUCGUUACGCCUCCUCAAUCAACUCUCCUUCCUCCGCUGGAGAGGAUUCGUCGACUGCCGGUAUCUUACUUCGCUCUGGUCAAGGAAAUGUGGCGCAGGCGGUUUCUGCCCUCUCGUGGCGGUCUCUGGACAGCGAGACCGGUUUCACGGCCGCCUCGCAAUGAACCCGUGGAUACCUCACUACCCGCUGUACACACCCGACACGCCACACGGUUCUUCUCCGCCGAAAAAGUCAAGAACCUGGUCGCUGCGUGCCACGGGCAUCAAACGACGCUCACUCCACUACUCGAGGCACUCAUCGCCCGCGCUUUCUUCGCAGUGCUACCUGUAGACGGCUCAGCAGACCGUCUUACGGCCAUAUGCCCCAUCAAUCUGCGACCAUAUCUGCCAGGGGAACACAAGGAAACCAUGGGAUUCUAUAUAUCCGCGGGCCAACAUGAAUUCAAGCGCGAGAGUGCGGACGUCUGGGAAGAAGCAAAGCGCGCAGAACGGUCGCUCGUGCGGGUUUUGGACGGCAUGAAGCGCGGCAGACAUUUCCACGUCGGCACGCUGCAGUGCAUCCGCGACACGCGCGGAUACCUCGAAGAAAUUAUCGACAAACCGCGAGCGCACUCUUUCGAACUGAGCAACAUCGGGGCUGUCGACGGUCAAUUCGACCGUGACUCGGGACCGUAUGCCCUAUCACGGAUGUUGUUCACGCAGAGUGCGUGCGUCGUAGGCGCCGCGGUGAAGUUCGGCGUCGUUACUGUGAGCGGUGGGACGAUGGGUGUUUCGGCUUCUUGGGCUGAAGAGGUUGUGGAGGACGGAGUAGUGGAGGGGAUCCUGGAAAAGUUGACGGAUCUCGUGGACGGUGUUUGUUCUGGCAAGCUGUAG